AUGUCGCAGCCCAAGAAGAGAAAGAUUGAGUCGGGGGGCGGCGGCGGCGCAGGAGGAGGAGGAGGAGGAGGAGGGGAGGGAGCGGAGCAGGAAGAUGGCGGAGAGCGGGAGGUGGCCCGGCGGCGACGCCCGUGGUGCCGGCAGGAGCGGGACCAGCAGUACUACGAGUGCUACUCGGACAUCUCGGUGCACGAGGAGAUGCUGGCCGACCGCAUCCGCACCGAAGCCUACCGCCUGGGCAUCAUGCGGAACCGCGCGGCGCUGCGGGGCAAGACGGUGCUGGACGUGGGCGCGGGCACCGGCAUCCUCAGCAUCUUCUGCGUCCAGGCCGGGGCCCGGCGCGUGUACGCGGUGGAGGCCAGCGCCAUCUGGCAACAGGCCCGGGAGGUGGUGCGGCUCAACGGGCUGGAGGACCGGGUGCACGUCCUGCCGGGGCAGGUGGAGACGGUGGAGCUGCCGGAGCAGGUGGACGUCAUCGUGAGCGAGUGGAUGGGCUACGGCCUCCUGCACGAGUCCAUGCUGAGCUCCGUGCUGCACGCGCGGGCCAAGUGGCUGAAGGAGGGCGGGCUGCUGCUGCCGGCUUCCGCCGAGCUCUUCCUGGCGCCGGUGAGCGACCCGACGCUGGAGCAGCGCCUGGGCUUCUGGGCGCACGUGAAGCAGCUCUACGACGUGGACAUGAGCUGCCUGGAGGCCUUCGCCACGCGCUGCCUCAUGGGCCCGUCGGAGAUCGUGCUGCAGGACCUGUGCGGCGAGGACGUGCUGGCCCGGCCGCAGCGCGUGGCGCACCUGGACCUGGCCCGCGCGGGGCUGGAGCAGGAGCUGCAGGCCGGGGUGGCGGGGCGCUUCCGCUUCAGCUGCUACGGCUCGGCGGCCAUGCACGGCUUUGCCUUCUGGUUCCAGGUGACCUUCCCGGGAGGGGACUCGGGGAAGCCCCUGGUGCUGUCCACCUCGCCCUUCCACCCGGUCACGCACUGGAAGCAAGCCCUCCUCUACCUGAACGAGCCGGUGCAGGUGGAGCAGGACACGGACAUCUCCGGAGAGAUCACGCUGCUGCCCUGCAGCCACAACCACCGGCUCCUGCGCGUGCAGCUGCGCUACCGAGUGGGCGACCAGGAGGAAAGGGCCAAAGACUUCGCCAUGGAGGAUGAGCAGUGGCUCCUCUCCCAGCAGCUGCCUCCCCAGGAGGCCAGGCUUUCCCGGUAGAAGCGAAGGGGGGUGGUCACAGCAGAAAGGGAGAUCCCGCCUGCAACUCGGGGGGGGGGCAUUAUGUGCUGUCUGCCUUUUCCCUCCUGGCUCCUGGGGAGAGAGGCAGACUUCACUCUCCCUUGUUCUGGCGACAUUUAUUUUAAAAAUGACCCUGAUGCCCCCCAACGAUGAAAACAGCGUGUUUAUUAAUAGGCUUUUGAGCCUCAAAAGUAUGUGGUACCAAGCACUUGUAUUUCUUUUUUGUUUCUUUGUUUCACGAAAGAAAAAACACGUAAUAAACAUGUCAGUGUAUGAAGGUUCCAUGCACACCCUGACACCUCACAUCUUACUUAAGCCUGAAGCCGCGGAGACAGGUAAAAGGGUGUGUAGACACCAUACGUUUCCAGUCUGGCUUUCAUAUCUGUCCAGAGCCAUAUUCCUUCCUUCUCUGAAGUCCCUCCCAUCUCAGGGGCCUCUAGGCUACAGUACUUACCCUACUGGCCGUGAGAGGGAGGAGGAGGGGGUAGUUUAAAUAACCCUGUUCUCACACUUACUAGUAACUACUUCCAUAGGGUGCUCAAGUUGCUGAACACACACAUCGUUAAGUAAAAGAGACCGUAUAUGUAACUGUGCAGCCGAUCUAAGAAAUCAAGAAAGAGACCUGAAAGUGACGUGGUAGAGAAUUGUUUUAAUUCUUGUCUUUACUGUUAAGAUUUCGUCAAGAAACUGUCCCAUGUAUUUUCCAUAAUUUUAUGGAACAGGCUGAGAGAGGUCGUUUCAGAGCCUGGCUCUCAGGGCCUCUUUGUCCCCGUGGGCAAAUCAGUUCAGCUCACUAAAUUAAAGAAAUAUGUUCCCAGCUAGAAGAGUCCACUCCUUUAAACUCCCUCGUUUAGCUGGAUCAUCUCACUUGGCCUACUUAAAUCAAAUGAAAGUUCCCUUUUUAACACGAAAGUUCCCUUUUUUCUUUUUAGCUCAGCCAACUGUGAAAGUUGUGAAUUCAGGGAAGUCGUUUGUAAUGAAGUGUGAGUCAUGUUAUCCAAUUUAUUUCACCGAUGUUCCUCCUCCCUGUGGCAAAUAAAACAUUGGCAUU